AGGUAACUGGAUUCCACUGGAACCCAAGAGCCAUUAACAGGGCCAGGGGGAGUUUUCAGCCAUGGAGGGAGACUGCCUGAGAUGCAUGAAGUAUCUCAUGUUCAUCUUCAACUUCUUCAUCUUUCUGGGUGGAUCCUUUCUGCUGGGCGUCAGUGUUUGGGUUCUGGUGGACCCAAUGGGCUUCCGGGAGAUCAUGGUGGUGAACCCCCUGCUGUUCACCGGCGUCUACGUCAUCCUGGCCAUGGGCAGCAUGCUGUUCCUGCUCGGCUUCCUGGGCUGCUGUGGAGCCAUCCGAGAAAACAAAUGUCUGCUGCUGUUUUUCUUCAUGCUCAUCCUCUUCAUCUUCCUGGCUGAGCUGGCAGCUGCCAUCCUGGUUUUUCUCUUCAGGGAUCACUUGACCAGAGAGUAUUUCACCAGGGACCUGAAACGUCACUAUCAAGGUCACAACAACACUGACGUCUUCACAUCCACGUGGAACGCCAUCAUGACCACGUUUGACUGCUGCGGCGUGACGGGACCCCAGGACUUUGACGAGAGUCUCUUCAGGCUUCUCAGCCCCAUUAAGAUGGUUCCUGAGGCCUGUUGCCAGAGAAACAGUUACCCUGGAGACGUGGACUACAUCAGCAUGGAGCAGUGUGUGAGCAGCACUGUGGACUUCAGGAAAAAGGGAUGUUACUCGGCGAUGGUGGAUUACUUUGAGACCUACAUCUACACGGCUGGAGCUCUGGCCAUCGUCGUGCUGACUAUUGAGCUCUUCGCCAUGGUGUUCGCCAUGUGUUUAUUCAGAGGCAUCCAGUGAGGACAGUGCCCUCUAUCGCCAUCGUUAGAAAUCACGAAGAAAAUCAGCACAUCUCUACAGACGGAUCGUUUCUGCCCUCUGUUGGUUCUGUGGUAUCAUUUAUUCCUCACGGCAGAAAUUUAAACGGGGAGUGAAGUGAAACGUUACCAGAAACUCCAAGCCUCAGUGAAAACGUCACCUUAAAUCCUAAUUAGUCCAUCACCAAAAAAGAAAGUGUUUUGAGAUCUGUUUGACUCAGUUUUCUGUUAUUUGUUCUGUCAACUCAAAUAUCAUAGUUUUUGUUUUGCAAUAUUUAAGACAGCUGGGUUGUUUAAACCAGUUCUUGCUUAAAGUUUUUUAUAUGGUUCAAAAUUAGUGGGAAAGUGUCUUAAAUUGGAUUUUGGACAUGUCGCACCAAAAUCAUAAC